AUGUAUCAGGAAAUCUACCAACACCACCUGGGGGCAGUACAAAAUAAAGCAUUCGAAGAAUUGAAAGCCUAUCUGAGCACACUUCCCAUAUUAAGCUCUCCUGUCCCCAACGAAGAUCUCUUCCUUUACCUGUCUGUUUCGCACUUUGCCGUGAGUUCUGUGCUCUUUCGAGAAGACGAAGGACGACAGAAGCCAGUGUUCUACUGUAGUAAGAUGCUACUAGACACUAAAACACACUACAACAUGAUGGAAAAAUUGGUCCUCACGCUAAUUACAACAAAGAAGAAGUUGCGACAGUAUUUUGAAGGCCAUACCAUCAUUGUAUACACGGACUACCCACUAAAUCAGAUCUUGAACAAACUCGAUCUCUCUGGUAGAUUAUCCAAAUGGGCAAUUGAACUCGGGACAUAUGAUAUACGGUUCUUGCCACGAAAAUCAAAGAAAGGCCAAGUUCUAGCUGAUUUCCUAGUUGAGAUACAAUCUUUUACACCAGAGACCUUACCUGAACUGCUGGAAUCAAAAGCUGAGUGGAUGUGGAUGAUGCACACAGACGGAGCCUCCAAUUCUCAAGGAGCUGGGAUUGGCGUCGUAUUGGAGGCACCCUCUGGACUGAAAAUUGAGGAAGCCAUACGGUUGGAGCAAUUUUCCGCAAAUAAUGAAGCCGAGUACGAGGCUCUAAUUUACAGUCUAGAAUUAGCGCGAGACAUGGGCAUUGGACAACUAAGAGUCAGAGUAGACUCAAAGCUAAUGAUAGAGCAAGUGGUUGGAAAUUUCGAUGCUAAGGCACCCCACUUGACCAGCCUAUUGGAGAAAGUAUCUGAAUUGAAGUCACAAUUCCAUCAAUUUGAGUUCGUGCAAAUACCAAGGGAACAAAAUCAGAAGGUCGAUGCCCUCGCCAAGCUAGCCUUUGUGGGAGAAUGUUCUACGCACUCCGCAAUUUCCACAAGCCACUCACCAGGAGCUUUUAAAAUUUUCUCAAUCUCGUCAGAACUAGAAUGUUGGAUGGAUCCAAUCAUCCGUUACUUGACCAAGUCCGAAUUGCCAGCCGAUGCAAAAGACACGAAGCUUCUGCACCUUAAAGCUCAACGCUACUCCAUCAUUCAUGGAACGUUGUACUGCAAAUCCUUUAACGGCCCCUAUCUUCGAUGUUUACGUCCCUUAGAAGCUAAAAAUUUAUUAGAGGAGAUCCACGAAGGAGCAUGUGGGAACCACACAGGGGGAUGA